AUGGAGGAACCAGUAAAUGAUAUUUCAUUUUAUACCGGUAAAGAAGGUGCCGAUAAUGUACCUCAAGUAUUAGAUUUUCAAGUUGAAGAAGGUAAUAUUGUUUCUUUAAAUAUUCCAAAUGAUGUACCAGAAAAUCCUGAAGAAAUUGCAACUUUUUUUCAAGAAAGAAAUAUUGGAAAAUAUGAAUGGUUUCUUAUAGCAAAUGCAUAUGUAGCAAGAGGAGAAAUAGAAAAAGCAAUGGAAUUUAUAAGAUCUGCUUUUAAUUCACAACAUUUUAAUGAAGAAGAUAAAAAAACUUUUAAAUCAUUUUUAAUUUGGUUACAUUUAAAAUUAAUUGCCCUUGGGGUAGAUAAAAAUACAAAUAUUACUCAAGCAAGUAUUGAAUUACAUGAAUUAACUUCAAAAAUUCAAAAUGAUUCUCAAACAUCAGUUGUAAAUAAUACAAGUAAUUUAUUAUCUCAAGCUAUAUUAUCAAAUUAUCAUGGAGGAGAAGAUGAUGCAUUAGAAAUAUUUGAAAGAAUUUUAAGAAGAGAUCAAAAUAAUACUUUUGCAUUAUUAGGUAAAGCACAAAUUACAUUAAGUAAAAGUAAAAAUUUUUCAUUAGCAUUAAAAUUAUAUCAACAAGUAUUAAUAUUAAAUCCUAUAAUGAAACCUGAUCCAAGAUUAGGUAUUGGAUUAUGUUUUUGGUUUUUAAAAGAUGAUAAAAUGGCAAUUCAAGCAUGGGAAAGAUCAUUAGAAUUAGAUCCAAAUAAUAAUAAAGCAAAAAUAUUUUUAAAUUUAGCUAAAUUUCAUUUAACUUUUAAUAAUUCAUUAAGUGAUGAAGAAUUUUUAAACAACUAUAAAGAAUGUAUAAAAGAAAUUGGAAAACUACAUAAAGAUAAUAUUAAUGAUUCAACUAUUUUAUUAACUUUAGUUUCAUUUUAUUUUUCAAAACAAAAUUAUGAUACAGUUGAAAAAAUUAUAAAAUUAAUUGUAAAUAAUAUAACAGGAGAUGAUAAUCUUGAAAAAAUUGGGUCUCAUAUCAAAACAACAAAAUAUGAAUCAAAUAUUUUAUCUGAAUGUAGAACUUGGAUUGCAAGAAUUUCAUUCAACAAGGGAGAUUUUACACAAGCUUCAAAAAAUUUUCAAGAAGCUAUUAAAUUAAAUGAAUCAAAUAUUGUUGCCAAAUUAGGAUUAGGUCAAUCACAAUAUAAUCGUGGAUCAGUUGAUGAAGCUUCAUUAACUUUUGAAUCAAUUUUAAGAAGUAAUAAAAAUUGUUUAGAAGUAAAUUAUUCUUUGGGAGUAUUAUAUUCAACUCAAGAUUCAAAAAGGAAAAAAGAUAUGGCAAUACAAGUUUUGGAGAGGUAUAUUAGAUUAUCUAAUAAUAGAGGAUUAUCAUCAUCAAAAGAAGAUGCAGAAUUUUUAUUAAAUAAAGAACCAAUAACUUUAAAUGCUUAUUUAAUUUUAAGUAAACUUUAUGAAAAUAUAGAUAUUAAUCAAUCAUUAAAUUAUUUAAAUAAAGCUAUAGAAUCAAGAAAACAAUUUGGUAAAUCCAUUCCAUUAGAAGUAUAUAAUAAUAUUGGUGUAAUACAAUUUACAAGACAAAAUUUUGAUAAUGCUUUAGUAAAUUUCCAAUCAGCAUUAGACCAGCUUGAAGAUAAAGAAUUUCAAAGUACUGAUGGAGAUAUUUUACUUGAUUUACCACAAGAUUUAAGAACUACUUUAACAUAUAACUUAGCAAGAUCAAAGGAAAUUUCAAAUCAAAAUGAAGCUAUAACGGCAUAUGAAACAUUACUUUCUGAAUGUCCACAUUAUUUUUCUGCAAAAUUAAGAAUUUUAUUUUUAGCAUGUAUACUGAAAUCAUCAUCAUUAACUACAGAAGAUAUAAAAACUGAAAUAGAUGAUUUAUUAGAUUUAAAUGCAUCAGAUUUAGAAAUUAGAUCAUUUUAUGGUUGGUUUAUAAAAAAUUUUGGUAAAAAAUUAGGUUUAAAAUCUGAUAUAGAUACAAAUUUUCAAAAAAAUACUUUAGUUGAAUAUGAUAAACAUGAUUGUUAUGCAUUAAUAUCAUUAGCUAAUAUAUAUUGUACUUUAGCAAGAGAUUUAAAAGGUUCUUCUUCUUUGGAUGAAAAAAAGAAAAAUUAUUAUAUUAGAGCUAUUGAAUUAUACACUAAAGUAUUAACUAUUGAUCCAAAAAAUGUAUAUGCAGCUCAAGGUUUAGCUAUAACUUAUAUUGAAAAUAAAGAAUCAAAUAAAGGUUUAGAUAUAUUAAGAAAAAUAAGAGAUUCAUUAAAUGAUAUAUCUGUUUAUUUAAAUCUUGGUCAUGUAUUAUGUGAUGUUAAACAAUAUGGUAAAGCAAUUGAGAAUUAUGAAUUAGCUUUGGGAAGAUAUACUGAUGGUAAAGAUAUUAAAAUUUUAACAUUUUUAGGUAGAGCUUGGUAUUUAAGAGGAAGUAAUGAUCAAAAUUUAGCAUUUUUUAAAAGAUCAUUAGAUUAUACAAAACAAGCUCUUGAAUUAACUAAAGGAAGUAAAUCAACAUUAUUAUUUAAUAUGGCUUAUGUACAAUUUCAAAUUGCAGAUUUUAUAACAAAACAAAAUAUUCAACAAAGAAAACCACAAGAAAUUCAUGAUGCAAUACAAGGAUUAAAUGAAGCUAUUGAUAUCUUAAUGAAAUUAGCAUCAGAUGAAGAAAAACAUCCACCGUAUCCAAAAGAUGAAUUAAGAGGAAGAGCAAAUUUAGGUUCAAGUACUUUGUUAAAUAGAUUAACAAAUGCAUUAGAUGAAACAAAAGAAAAUAUAGCAGAAGUUGAACAAAAAUUACAAACUGCAAAAGAAUUACGGGAAAAGGAAAAAGAAACAAAAUUAAAAGAAGAACAAAAUAAAUUAAAUGAAUUAAAAGCAAAAGAAGCAGAAUUAGCAAAACAAAGAGCUGCAUUACAAGAACAAGCUCAACAAUGGGCAGAAGAAUCAAGACAACAAAUAAUAGUAAAUGAAGAAGAAGAAAAUGAUGAUAAAUUAUUUGAUGAAGAAAAUGAAUUAUCAUCGAAGAAGAAAGGCAAAGGUGGUAAAAAUAAAUCUUCAUCAAAAAAGAAGAAGAAAAAAUCUAAGAAAAUUGUUAGUGAUUCAGAGUCUGAAGCUGAAAUGUCUGAUGAAGAAGAAAAUUCAAAACCUAAAAAUGGAUCAUCUAAGAAGAGAAAAACACCUGAUUCUGCUAAUACAGGUGAUGAUGAAGAUGAUGAAAAUACAGUAAGACCAAAUGGGAAGAAGAAGAAACCUAUAUCUAAUGAAUUCAUACAUGAUAGUGAUGAAGAUUCAAGUGAUGAUGAUUUAUUUGGUGAUGAUAAAGAAGAAAAGAAUAACGAGGGAGAUGAAUAG